UAUACGGCUAUUCAGUUGGCCGUGGUCGAAAGUCCGAAGAAGACGAUGGCCGAGAACGCAUCUCUGCACGACACGCCAACCAUUGGCGUCUUGUGCAUCGAUAUUGCCACCAAACUGCAGCACAAUUUUGGUAGGAAGUACUAUAGCUAUAUAGCCGCGUCCUAUGUAAAAUUUCUGGAGGCAUCCGGUGCCCAUGUGGUGCCUAUUUGGAUCGGUAAGGAACGAGCUUACUAUGAGUCGAUGAUGGGACAGAUGAAUGGCUUCCUGUUGCCCGGGGGAGCGGUCUUCAUCGACGAGGCUGAUAGGCAAGCCCGUCCGGAUCUGACCAGCGAUUGUGUGAGGAGUGCCGAGCGUAUAUACCAACUAGCCAUGGAGCGAAAUCAACGGGCGAGAAGGCAGGAUGACGCCGGUGGAUACUUCCCCGUUUGGGGAACUUGUCUGGGCUUCCAGUUGCUUCUCGUCCAUGCCGCCGAAGAGCCCAAGAUUCGCACCGAUUGCCAGCCCAUGAGGCAGGCCAUGUCCAUUAAACUGACUGAGGACUACCAGGAAUCCAAGUUGUUUGAGAAUUUAGGGGAUUCCGCGGCCAAGGAGAUGGAAAAUCAUCCCUUUGCCUGCCACCAACAUCGCUAUUGUAUUACCAAAGACAGUUUGGAGACCUGUGGUCUCGCCAAGGACUGGCAUCCUCUGGCCACUCAGAAGGAUUCUGCGGGACUGGAAUUCAUUACGAUUGUCGAGCACCGGCGAUUUCCCAUUUUUGGCUGCCAGUUUCAUCCCGAACGCGCUGCCUUCGAGCAGCUAAUUAUCUCAGAGGAUCUCUGCCACUUGGCACAUUCUUAUUCGGGAAUCCAGUUGUCCCAGAUAUUCAGCAGUCGAUUUGUGGACAUCUGUCGUAGGAACAGAAAUCGAUUUGAUAGUCCGAAGUCAAAGGUGCGCCACCUCAUCUGGAACUGGCAGCCCGUUUUCUCGGGUCAAUUCAAGGACUCAAACUGGCUGCAGUGCUAUCUUUUUGAGAAGGACGUGGACUAUCCGGAAGAUUACAAGGAUGAUGUGCAAUGUUUGGAAGCUAACCCCACUGGUGGAUUGUGAUAGCCAGAAGCUGUGAAUCAAAAUCUUAAUUUAUUUUAUAUGUUUGCACUUAAAUAGAAAUAGAAAUCUAAAAUUAUUAUCCAGAUUUAUCCAAUUAUGUUUUGUCAUGUCUGAAUUUUGUCACAUUUAUUAGGCCCUAUCCAUUUUGUAUGCCCAAUAGCUUGUUGAUUUGAGCCAGUUUUUUUUUGGCUACCAUCCUAUCCUUUGAACUUUUCCACUCAUCUUUUCCUAUUUUGCAUUUCUUGUGCUCAGCCCACGAAGUAGUUGGAAGUACUUUUCCACAUUUGUCUCAUGUAAAUUUUACGCUGUACUUUUCCGUUCAAUUUUGGUGCGCGCUUUUUCUUUUUUGUUUCUCAAGGAUUUUCAAUGGUGGAAAGCCAUUUUCUGUUGCCUCCUGUUUUCCCUCAAGCAAAUGGAAUAUUUUUGUUCAUUUUUAUGGGUCUUCCUUGGGCAAAGGGUAUGUGUAUUUUUAAGUGAUGUGGGAAUAAAGUCAACAGCACUUGGGUUAAGGCAAUGGAAACUUGAAAUAAUUGAGCAAUAUAUAAUAAAUGUUUACCAAAAUGGUUUCAUUUGUAUAUUAAAAAUGAGAAUAUUUUUUUUUAUAAAUGUAAUAUAAUAAUAACAAUAUAAAAUGGUCUUAAAAAUAAUACUUUGAGUUAGGGCCCUUUGUGUUUUCUUAAUAGUUUUUCUUAUUUUUUCUAGGGUGCCUAUUCAAACAAAUUUUAGAAUUUGUCUAUUCAUUGGGUGUGUUGUUUGGCAGGCCCAUUUUCGUGCUUCUACUCUUAAAAUUUCCACUCGGGGGGCUUGUCAAAAGGUAGGCUGCUCAUAAUUAGCGCAUGACAGAACGGAAUGUUUUCCUGUCGGGCUUAUGGUUAUUUGUAAAAAUUCCUGCGAAUGUUCCAUUAGGCGGACACUGGCUUGGUUAUUUAUUAAGGUUUUCAUCCCGCCCGGGUUAAAGUUCAGUCUGAGGUGUGAACACGAAUUCUAGCUGUUAUGGCACAUGUUUUUGUCUGAUGUCCAUUAUUGUGUGGGGCUUCUAGGUACUGGCACUCUCAUUGUUAUGUCCUGGUAUCUCUGCGUCUGGGUCUCCGGCUUUUCCGCGCUGUCUGGCUUCCUUUUUUAUUCGCCCCAUAGCCUUUUCUUUACCCCUCUAUUGUGAGUAGUUCUUCCUUCGAUCUAGAAUCGUAUGCUAAUGAGUCUAUGCGAAUGUCUAGCCUUUUC